AUGCCCGUACAUCGCACCCGCGACAUCCCCUCCAGACCGUCCGAAGUGGCGACGGACGCACCACUCCCUCAAGUCGCCAUCCAUUCCCCGACGCCGCGCGCCUUCACCUUCCCUAUCCACAACGCUCCCUAUGCCUCCACGUCCAGUUCGCCCUUCGAGCCAGACUUGAAGCUGAUCGUUUGCACACCGCCACCACUGCGCACCUUUUCCCCUACAUCUUCCAUUGACACCGAUUCAUCAUCUAUUCUUUCUUCACCUUCGGCACCAGCCUCGCAGGCUUCGCACAAGCGACGUAGAUCCGCCGCUAGCGAUAUCGGGGAACGGCGACCGAAGAAGGGCGACGACGACUACAUCAAGCGUCCCGAGAAUGCGUUCAUCCUUUUCCGCCGCAAGUGCUGCGAAGACCGCCAGGCACAGGAGGAGGCUGACGAGCAUGCAGCGCCAGUCAAGAAGCAGCGUCAGGCAGACUUGUCGAAGACCAUCAGCCAGCAGUGGAAGGGUUUGUCGCAGGAGGACCGUCAGUAUUGGGAGGAUCUGGCGAAGGAGAAGAAGAAGGAGCACGAGACCAUGUACCCGAACUACGUGUAUCGUCCGCAGCGGGUGAAGAAGGCGAAGAAGGGCAAGGCAAGGGGUGAGCACGAUACAGACGCAGACAGCAAUAUCUCGUUCGUGCUUCCUGUUUCUUCACCCCCGAGCAGUCCGACUCGCGCCUCCUACGGCCAGAUGCGCAUCCAUGGCCACGGUCGUCGCGCAGCGUCGGCGCCGACGCCACCGCCAGCGUACCAGAUGAUCCAGCUUCCACAGGUCAUCAUGCCGUCGUGCCCGACGUCCCCGUCGCUGAUACCUAGAAUCAGCCGCCGUACGCCUCUUCCGAACAUACCUCCUCCGUCAGAUACAGAUCCGUUGACGCAUUUCGAGUAUUUGCCGAAUGGUGCGGUCUAUCCGUCGUCGUUCCAGCAGCCAGCGAUAUUCGAGGGUAACUUCCAACCGUCAGAUGAGCUCCUCCAGAGCAUGUUCCAAGUUCCCGAGCAGCCCAAGUAUCCUGAUCAGAGCGCACCUAUGCUUCCUUCGCUUACCAUUCCUCGCGCCCCGAUGAUGUCCCCAGGGAUGAUGUCUCCCGCAGAUUCAAUCGCAUCGAGCCUUGUCUCACCCUUAGAUCCUUUCUCGCCAUCUCCAAUUUCUCAGCAAGGCGGUCCCUUCACUCCGGCCGACGCGCUAUCGUUGUCCAUGCUCUCUGUCUCCAAUUCCCACGAGCGGUGCGUCGAAGGAAUUCCGGAGGACGUCUCUUGUGAUAUGCAAUCCAGCAACAGCCCGUACAUGACGUCGCAGUGGCAGAACGAGUCGAUCUGGAGCGAGUCGGAUGCAAUGAUCCCAGACGACUUUGACUUGAACGCCAUUCCGCCAGUCGAGAUGGGCAUGUCUCAGUACGAAGGGGAGAUGCAGUUUGCGGCGCUUUCGUCCCGGCUCCAGGGAUGCGAGUUCCAGGGCGGCGAGUUCUUGCCCGCGCAACAGGCGAACAAUGAUGACUUUAACGAUACGACGCCAGGGCACGACCCAUUCGCAGGCGUGUUCUUGUACGAGAACACGUACGAGAACAUUCCCUGGUGA